AUGGCUGCACCACAGCUGAAGUUUCAUGGCUCCCCGUGGCGGAUGACUGCCGCAACGCUUCCGGCACUGCUGCUGUUGCUGUGCUUCUACUCUGCGGAGGAGUAUCUGGGCUCGGUCUUUUGUCUGCUCUUGUCGGUGGCUUUCGUAGCCCUAGCUCUACACACCGGCAUUGCGCCUGCCUACUUUCCUCAUGUGGACCAUCCCCUGCACGUGCUCGACCGGCUACGAUGGGGCUGCGGCUGCGUCGCCCUUCUGAUCCUCUUCGUGGCGUCCCGGUGCAGCAAUGGGUGCGUCUUCUCCUACGUGAGCCUACGCUCGCAAGCAGUUCUGAGCGUGCAGGACUACUCCGAAGCUGGCGUGGCCGAUGCUGGGCUUGUGCAGAUCAAUGGCCUCAUGGACAGCAGUCGGGUUGGAGCGGUGGCCUCAUGCAGCUCCUGUUCAGCCAGCGAAUGUGCCAGGAAGGACUGCAGGAGAGAAGCUGCUCUCAAUAACAUCUCGGACCUUCCUCAGAUGGAGGGCUUCCACAAGCUGAGCUUUCUUGACAACCAGAUCCUCUUCCGUCGUCUCAGCGGUGCGGGUGGUGGUGGGGGUGGUGGAGGUGGCGGCGGUCACGGAAAAGGCAACACUUGCUCGAUCACAUGCCUCUACGUUGCGCCUUUGUUGCCAGCCGCUUAUGCAAAAGACUCGUCCAUGCACACGGGACGACCUCUGGCCUGGGCAGUGCAGUCUGGGUCCGCGCCCAGCCAAGAGCAGAAACUCGAAGUGAUCGGUACUUCUCGUUUCGAUUGGUGGUCUGGCAACCGCAAAGGGUAUCAGCGAGCCAUGGAUGAUCUGCUGCGCAACCAACUACCUGCGGGCUUGCGUCACUGUGAUGGCCUCCAGGCUGUCCCCGAUUCCAAAAGCUGGUGGACGGGUUGCAGCCACAAUGGCUUCAUCGACUGCCCGCGGGAGCUCAAAGGGGAGUGCUGCUGCCCCCUGGGCCACCGAAUCGUCGAAGAUCGGUGCGAGCCUUGUGGUGACUUCGCCGAUGCCGUCGAAGAGCUGCAUGCUCUGCCUUUGCUCUACACUCUCAGCCCUGAGUCCGGCAAGUCAAGCUUUCAUGUCAUGCUGCUGCUCGCCUUUCUCACGCUGCCGCUUCCGUGGGCCUUCCAAGCGCAGCUGAGAUGGCUCCUUGGCUGGAAGCGCGCGGAGGAGGCGUUUCUACACUACGCUGUCCGGCAUCAGCGGAAGGAGGCAGCGGAAAGCUGGGGAAAGCUCGGAAGGAGGGGAUCGUCCCAGGGGCCCAUCACCGUGGAGGUAAGUUCGAUCUCCGGCGAAACCCGAAAGGCCUCGGGAUUCCACGGCUCCUCUCUUCUCCUACAUCUUCGAAAGGAAGCGUCAGCCAUCUUCCACAUGGACUUCGUGAAUGUUGGCCUGGUGGUCGGUUCCCGGGUGCUGCCAACAGAUUUGGAUUUCAAGACCCUGGACAAGCUGGGCAUUGGCAAUGGCACCUCCCUGUCCGUGGUGUUCAUGCCGCCUGAAGAGCCUUCUUGGCGCGACCGCCUUGCCGGGACCUCGGAGAGCCAUGCCUACACCUUCUUCCGACGCAAUCGCAACGUCUACCGUGCAAGAGACUGCCAACACCUUGCACAGCUGCGUUUGGCCCAGGGCAACACGAUCAACUUCGGGCAGUCGUAUACCAAGGGCUGGACCUGUGACGGCUGCGAGAAGUUCUUUGCGCCUGGUACAAUGCUGCGCAGCCUGUGCAAGUUUCUGGCCUGGGUGUUGGCCCAGCUGUCGCGGAAAGCUUUCCAGUCAGAGCUGCAUCGCAGUGCCGUUCGGUAUCAGCCGAGACUGGCGACGGCACCGGAUACAGCAGUAGGUGCGGAUCAAGUUCAGCAGGAAGCCGGUAAGGCCAAGUCUCAUCUCCUGUGCACCAUGCUCCGCCUGGCCUUUGCUAUCCUUUGCGCUUGCUGUGCCAGCUUCACUGCUUCAGCAGCUGUAUCCGAUUCCGAGCCGACCAACAUAUCCGACAUCAACCUCUACGAUAUCCUCGGCUAUGACAUCCUCCACGUCAACACUAACAUCCACACGGUGCAGUUGCCCUCAUCGUUAUUGAGCUUUCGUGGAGGGGACUGGAUCAGUGAGCAGGGGAGCAUCAUCGGUGUUGCGCUGCUUGUCUUCACCCCGUGCGGUGCAUUGUUGCUCGGCUGUUGCUCGAUGCGCUUCAGAGACUUCUGCUGCGGCCCGACCCAGAAGAGCCUACACGGGCUCGCGCAGUUUGUGAGGAUGUUGAUGACCUUGGGUUCUUUCUGGGAGAGUGUUGGCUUCUUCAUCCUCUUCUACAGCACCCUGAAGCAUUCUCCGGCUAUCGCGGUCGUUGUGACCUUCAGCUACAGCCUUCUACGAGGUGUGGUACUUCUGAUCUGGCAGCGCAACCCCAGAAACCCCCCCGAGAGUGUCAAAAAAGCAGAGCGCAAGCACUUGCAGCCGGUGUCGGUGUAUACGGACCUCCAUGUGGGGAACUUCUUCGAAUGCGGGAUCGUGUUUGUGCUUCAGGUGAUGCUCUACAUGUUUCUGCUGCUCACCGUUUUCUAUCAGGAGAAGCUUGUGGACGAGGAAGUCACAGAGCAGCAGUUCCUAUUCUACGUGUGCGGCUCAGCCGUUGGUUUGGUCUUAAGGCUGAGGGAGCGGUCCUUCGUGGCAGCCGAGUGGUUGCCCUUCUGGCACCCGUACUUCUAUGAAGGCUUCCAAAAAGACCACCAUUGGCCCAGAGUGCGGGUGAUUUUAUCAUGGAUUGCAAACGAGGCAUUUUCCGGCACAAUUUUCUUCUUGCUUCCAGUAAUCUUGAUGUACUCACCCGACCUCUUGGAGUUUGUGAAAGAUGCAACGUGCAUCGUGUUCAUCGCAAAAAUGGACGACCUGCAGAACACAGACGAGGAGCAGUGGAUCGUCAACGAAGAGCUUGGCAGCAAGGAGAAGCAGGAAGAAAUCCAGAAGAUGGUGGUCGAGUUCGUAGAGAAGUUGGAGAGAGACCGGGUUGGCUUUUGGGUUGUGUAG